UCAAGCAGCUGCUGCAGGUAAAAUAAUUCAAAAAUAAAUAUGACUCAUGACUCAAAUAUCUUACCUGAGAGUUUGCGUUGUACAGACCGAAGGUCAUGCCGAUGUAACCAAACAAUAUUGUAACUGCUGGUGGAAAAUAUCCCGGUGGUGGGAUUUUACUCAAGAUGCAGAGCUACAUUUGCUAACUGAUGUUAGCAUACUGGAGCUGAAUGUUGUUCUCAGCGAACAAUCUCGCUAAUUGCGAUGAUUUUGUUUCUCUGCAAUAUAUUUGCCGUGGUUUUAUCUGUUCAUUUCUUUCUCGCCUGCAUGCCCCUGUCUGCUUUGUAACGCUAAAUAGUUUCACAACCCAGGCGAAGUUGCCAGUGGACUGAAGACGGUAACGGACGGGUUACCAUGGAAACGUAACGUAAAAUACAUUACCGGAUGAUGACUGAGCUGUCAAUAAACCGCGUUUAAAGGGAGGAAGGAGCCCUGCUUCCCGUGAUGGAGUUCCCUCAGCAUUCCCAGCAGCUGCUGUCAGCUCUGCGCUCCCAGCGCCAGCGGGGCUUCCUCUGUGACUGCACCGUCAUGCUGGGCCCGUCCCGUUUCCUUGCUCACAAGGCUGUCUUGGCUUCCUGCUCGCCUUUCUUCCACAUGUUCUUCUCAGAUUCUGCAGGGGUGCUUGGUGGAAACGCCACCAGCAGCUCCGUCACACUCGACUGCGACAUCGUCACGUCGGCUGCGUUUGGCCUGCUCUUGGACUUUGUCUAUGAAGGCGUGCUGCAGCUGGACGAGUCUCCGCCAGUGGAGGACGUGUUGGCGGCUGCGAGCUUUCUGCACAUGAACGAGGUGGUGAGAGUCUGCAAGAGGCGGCUGCAGAGACGAGGCCCUCUUGCUGAGGCAGACAGCACUCGCUCCGAAGAGAGCGCUGAGGCGAGGAGGGCACCAGAGUCGGGGGGGGAGGGUGUGGGGGACAGUGCAGCCGGGCAGGCGGCAGCCAUGGUAGGUGAUCCCAUGAAUCCAGUCGCCGUGGCAGCACCAUUCCCAUCAGUAUUCACAAUAACGGGGAAAAGUCAGUUGGAGUCCGUGAAGCCCGAACCGAGGACUGGUGGGAGGUCAUCAGACACACGAGUUCAGACUCCCCUGAGCCCCGGCCUCGCUGAUACCACUCAGCCGGGCAUGGACCCCCAUCCUCUGCCCACGGGCGGGGAGCUGACGCACAGCGUCAUCACAGGCCGGUCUGGCCCCACCGCAGGAGGUCAUGCCAGGUUGGGAACUGGAGGUCAUGGAGAGGUGUUGGCCUUCUGCAGCCCUUGCAGUACUACUGAGACGUACAGCGGCCUCUGUACUAACCAGCAGCCCUCCUCGUCUUCUUCCUCCAUGGUGCCAGUGAGUCAGGCUGGUGGCCCGUCAGUGGUUGCUUAUUCCCAGUCAGGAUCCUCCAACUCCCCGAGCCCACAGCAGGACGUACCCCGACUACCACGCGAUGACUCCAUAAGGAAUCCCUCAGAGGCUGGCCAGGGAGGUACAUCGGGUACCUCAGAAAACCCACCUCACUCACCACCACAGCGGCCACUGCACCAGAUCCGAAUCCAGAACGCUGUGUCUCUUCAAUGCCAAAGCUUGGACUUUCCAUCUGCUCCUCAGACAGAAACCCUAAAGGCACCUGAGGGGAAUACGGGAGCUUCGCCCACCACUAGAAAUGAAAGAACUCAUCCUCCUAUGGACAGAGUGGGAACAGACUACAGUGAUGGAGAUCAUUUGAAAGUCAAAGUGGAGGCCAUUGUCAUAUCUGACGAAGAGUUGGAGGAGAAGAAAGAGGAAAGAGAAAGAUCUGUGAUGGAAGUAGACAAUGAGUUUGAAGAAGAGGAGGAGCUGCACAACCUUCAGUUUCUUUCUUCCCACCCACAGGGCAUCUUACACAUUUCCUCCCAUUCAAAUGACUACUCCUUCCCCCGCUCUCCUUCCUCCUCCUCCUCCGGUGCCGGCCCUUCUUCACAGGACACUUCCUCCUUUGCCCUCAUUCCUCCAUCCGUAGCUCAGCAGCAGUCAGACCCUCCUUCCUACUUCCAGGACUACCAGGACUCAAUGGAGAACUUUGUAGAGGACCUCCCCACGUGUGGAGUGUGUGGAAAGACGUUCUCAUGCUCUUACACACUACGGCGCCACGCCAUUGUGCACACGCGCGAGCGUCCCUACGAGUGUCGCUACUGCUACCGGAGCUACACGCAAUCAGGCGACCUGUACAGACACAUACGGAAGAAUCAUGACCAGUCACUACCCGCCAAGCGCAGCAAGGCCGACUUGGAGCCCCCCCUGCCGCCACAGCCCCCCCCCCUCUUAGCUAACACACACCACUUUAACAUCACAGCGUAGUUCUAAUUCAACAUUCCAAGCUAAAUUGAGCGUAUCUGUAACUAACUAUAGCUUCAAUUUUCAAUUGAUUUGUUGAUUGUUUUCGCAAUGAAUCAAAAGUUACUUAUGUAUUUGACAUCAUAACAUAUUCCACUUUUGGGGUACUAUUUUUACAUUUCUAAACUGCUGGCCCCAAGCUUUUUCUACUUUACUGAGGACAUUUGCCAAACCAAAUGAGUCUGGAAUCUCUCAGCUCAUUUCUUAAUUUCAAAAGGGGGCGUCAACUUAUCAACAUGUGAUGUGGCGGGCGACUGUGGGUGAGUGGGGAGCACGGUAUUCCUCCAAUCAGAGGGUUGUCAGUUCGAUCCCAGGCUCUGCUAACCCGCAUGUCGAUGUGUCCUUGGGCAAGACACUUAACCCAACAUUUCUCCAGUAGCUGCGACUACAGCGUGUGAAUGUUAGUUACUGAUGGGAAGGUGUCACUGUGUAUGGUUCUCCUGUCAUCAGCGUGUGAAUGGCUGUGAAUGGGUGUGAAUGAUGUCAUGUAGUGUUAAAGCGCUUUGAGUGGUCAGAAGACUAGAAAAGCGCUGUACAAGUACAGUCCAUUUACCAUGUGAGUGACCGGGUCCACCAGGUGUGGACGGCCAAUCACAACAGUAGGACUGCACAAAUUAGGUGGGUAAUAAACACAGCCUGAGGGUCAGAAAAAUAUAAACAGAGUACAGCAAGCAGAGAUGAAAAGGUAUUCGACUUCUACAGAAAAGUUUCACAUCAGCCGCAGCCAUCUCAGUUGUGUCCAACAGUGCCUUAACGGCGCACAACUCAACAAUCCUCGUGUAACCAUCGCUUGAGGUUUUCCCAACCUAAGCUUAACCUUAGCUUAAUCUUAAAUUCUCACUUCGACCCAAAGAUCUCAAAUUCGCCUACGGAGCCAAAUGUGUGUGGAAAAAAAACAAUGACGAGUCAGUCCAGCUGUUACUGUGGUGCAUUUAUAGACUGUGUAUUUAUAAAUAAAGAAAUUUGGUUAGUUCAUAAGUCCACGUCAAGUUCAAGUCCAUCCGGAAAGAAAAAUAUGGAAAAAAGUAUAUAAUCCAUUUUGAGGUCCAUGGAAAUGUUUUUUGUGUCCUUAUCCUACCACGUCGCCACAGGACAGGACACGUCUCCACAGGACUGGAAGGUCCGUUUGGUAGCUCCAAAUGGUGAUCCGCACGCCUUCAGGCACCACUUGUGUCCUGGUUCAAAACCUGACCGUUGACCGAGGAAUUCUGCGUGUUGCCCUAGCUGUCACCGCCGAGUGGGAUUGUAAUCCAUAACAGGAAGUGACCUUUCCCCGACCCGGAUAUUUAUGUGUGACAGCUGGCAAGCGAUUGGCAGUACAUUUCACAUUUUAUUAAUUAGCAGAGGGUUACACUCAUCUCACACAUGACCCAUAUUAGAUCAACACAAGAGCUUACAGAUUUGUAUUUUUCUCUGUGAGUGCAGGAACAUGAGAACUCUCCGGCACAGACACACACCUCAGUCUUCAUUCGCUCAAUGUGACGUUCUCACACUGUUGUGAUAUUGUGCUACUCUCCAAAAGUUUUGCAGAGAUUUUACAAUUUCAAAAGGUUCUAACAAGAGAUUUGACAUCCUACACUUUGUGUGCUACAUGAACGCAAAUAAGGGGAAGCUGUUUUUAGGACUGGAUGUGUUUGGGGGAUUGUUACAAGAAUCGUUGUGUUGAGAGUGUGCACACUGUCUGCUGGUGGGCGGAACUGCCGUGCGCAGAAAAUAGUGGCAAAUUGUAUCAGGUGAAAAAAAAUCUGGAACAAGUACACGUACUUAUGAGAGAAUAGUCAAUUUUCAAAAUAAAAUAUUUUUCAGAAGAAAAAAAAUAUAUUCUUUCUGUGGUACCAAAUGGCCCACGGACCGGCACUGGUCCCUGGCUCUGUGGUUAUGGACCCCGGCCCUAGUGUAAUGUUUACAAUAUGGAACUAUUGGAGCAGAUAAGUAGAAGUAAAUUCAACUUUUUGUCAUUGCACAGAGGUGUACAGGUACUGAGGUACUGAGACAACAAAAUGCAUUUAACCCACCACACAGCGGGAGCAGUGUGCUUUUUGUGUAUACAAUCUGAUUCUAACUGUGGAAUUUUCCUUGCAUUAGUUUUAUUAAAGCCACUCCAUCAAUAGCCGAUAAACACAGUUUAUCUGAUGAAGUAGAAAGUCAGUUGUGCCAAAAGGCUUUUCAUUUGUCCCCUUUCAAACAUGCAGUAAGAAGUAUUCCAUUGAGAAUCAUUCCUAAACAAGAUAACUGACCCAGAAAACUCAGUUGCAGACGUAUAAUUUGAAAACAUGCAACAUCCUCUGUGGUAAAACCCUCUCACUGGCACAGGAUUCCUCCCCUCCAAAAAAACGUUAGCAGGUAGAACAUUUUAGAGGAAACCUGGCAACCUUAUUGACCGUUCUCGCAGUAGUGUUUCUCCAGUAAUGUAACAGAAUACACAGUACAGACACACACAAUAAUUCUGCCUUUUGUUUUUUAAAUCUAAGUGUUUAGAUUUAAACUUGUGUCUGAAUUGCCGUCUGAAAUGUGUUCGUCUACAAAUUAGUUUCUAUAUGUACAAAUGAAAGUGGUUUUGUAUUUGAGGUUUGGAUACUCAAAAGAAAAAGCCUGAACUGUGAGUGAGCAUUUCAUCCUUGUGUUAUGGCAUGCUAAAAAUAAACUGGGGAAUAAACACUGUUCAAAAGAAACUGUGAAAAUAUUGUUGUUUAGAUUAAUGAUACAUUACACAGGUACUUUUUUAUUUUAUUACAAAAGAAGAUAAAAAAAAUAUAAACAUCCCGUCUAUCACCCUGCAACCGUACAACGGUAACAGGAAGACUGAACUCGUGAGCAUUUCUCUGACUGACUGUCGCUCCACUCGAUUCCUCUGAGCAGAACCUUUGUUCCCUUUCUUCAGUCUUCUACUGGACCGUGGAUCUGUGAAGAGACCAAAUGUCAUCAUCUACUUACAAAUCUCUGUACUUCUGAUUCUGAUUAAAUUAUUUUCUAAUAAACAUAAUGAACUGUGA